GAGAAGACAAGCGGGGAGAUACAGAAACUUUCUUCUCAAAGAGAGCUGAUCUUUUGAAGCUUUCGAGGGACGUCAGGAGGUCACCAGUGGAUUAUUUAUUUACCUGGGAGAGAGCACAUUAUAUUUAAAGGUUUUACCAGGGUUUUCGCCAUUCUUCCUGUCUGUCCAUGGUGGUUUGUAACAGCAAUACGAUCGAUAAUCCUCAUGAAGUGUUUUCAGAAGAAUGAAGACACCCGGGUAACAAGUGAAGACUUUACCCGACCGGAGGAGUUGAGCUCGGAGCCGACCGGAGGAGUUGAGCUCGGAGCCGACCGGAGGAGUUGAGCUCGGAGCCGACCGGAGGAGUUGAGCUCGGAGCCGACCGGAGGAGUUGAGCUCGGAGCCGACCGGAGGAGUUGAGCUCGGAGCCGACCGGACUCCGAAAUUCAACAAGAUCACUUCCUGAUGAUGACAGUAAACAUGGAUGACGAGGAGGCGCUGAACUCCAUCAUGAAGGACCUGGCAGCUCUGGGUCGCUGCUACGCCCAGAAACACGACAGCAGCAGCCACAAACCCAAGCCCAGGACCUUGCUGUACAAACAGGAUUUAAGAGUCAAGCUGGAGCAUGAGAGAGAGAAACGCAUCAUCCCGUUCCAGCGACCUCUGAAAAUCAAGGAGCUGCUCCAGAAGGUCACAGAGGCCUUUGGACAACAGAUGGACCUCUUCUACACAGACAAAGAGCGUCUGGUUCCUCUAAAGAGCCAGGAGGAUCUAGACAAAGCGGUGCUCAACGUGGGCUCUAGCAGCCUGCUCAGACUACUGCUGAAAACUCCCAAGAACAACCACUUCCUACAGGUGGGCAGCUGGGACAAACAGAGCGAACUUAGGUCGUCCCGUUCUCUAGGGAUCUGAAGGGUUGUACACUCAAAGAGCUCAGAGAGGGUCCGAAAACACUCCACAGGUUCUCUCCAUGCAGGUCGUAGGUCCCCCCCUCCAGGCUCGGUCCCAGAGGAGCAGCAGCAGAUUGCCAGGCAGGGCUCCUUCACCUCUAUUCACACAGAGGGAGAGUUUAUACCUGAGGGCCUGGAUCACAAGUUGCUGGAGCCCUUUGGGAGUGCAGGCAACUCUCUGUCCAGCAGCUGUCAAUCAAUAGACCAAGCAUUGGACAGCCCUCCUUUUCCCCAGAACAACCGAGACAACAACUAUCUGAGCCUCAACUAUGAAGGACACCGAGGGCGCCACAGUAAAGGAGGAACUUUCCCUCGUCAAUUCCACUUGUCCAAUGGCAGCAAAGACUACAGCGAUGGUCGGAGGACGUUCCCUCGGAGCUUCAUGCCUCAGGAGAACCUGUUUCAGCUGGUUCCAUCCAGUCAGACCCGGAGUUACAACGGAGACGGCACUCUACAGUACAGCGACCUCCGUACGCUGGGCCGAGUCCCAGAGAAGAGCUGCCCCCGCAGGGAAGUACCCAGAUCUCCGCAGGCGCCGGUGAACUGGCGUCAGGGGAAGCUGCUGGGUCGUGGGGCGUUUGGGGAGGUUUACCUCUGUUACGACGCCGACACCGGACGGGAGCUGGCCGCCAAACAGGUGCCCUUUGACCCAGAUUGUCAGGAAACCAGCAAGGAGGUGAAUGCUCUGGAGUGUGAGGUCCAGCUGUUGAAGAACCUGCAUCAUGAGCGGAUCGUUCAGUACUAUGGGUCUUCCAGGGACCUGGAGAAGAGGAAACUCACCAUCUUUGUUGAGUUCAUGCCUGGGGGUUCCAUUAAGGACCAGUUGAAGGCAUAUGGGGCGCUGACAGAGAAGGUGACGCGGCGCUACACCAGACAGAUCCUCCAGGGAGUCUUCUACCUUCACAGCAACAUGAUCGUACACAGAGAUAUCAAAGGUGCCAACAUCCUGAGAGACUCCACUGGCAACAUAAAGCUGGGGGACUUUGGAGCCAGUAAACGCAUCCAGACCAUCUGCAUGUCAGGAACUGGCAUCAAAUCCGUCACCGGCACACCUUACUGGAUGAGCCCAGAAGUCAUCAAUGGAGAAGGAUAUGGACGCAAAGCUGAUGUCUGGUCUGUGGCGUGCACAGUGGUGGAGAUGCUUACCCAGAAGCCUCCCUGGGCGGAAUACGAGGCCAUGGCAGCUAUCUUUAAGAUAGCCACGCAGCCCACCAAGCCCUUCCUCCCUGAGGGUGUUUCCGAGGCCGCCCGGGACUUUGUGCGCCAGGUGUUCAUAGAGGAGAAGUGGCGUCCCACGGCCGAGAACCUCCUCUCACACCCCUUCGUCCAAGGGGGGUUCUGACCCUGACCUCUAACACCCCCAGGGCCACCCCUGCCUCCCAGGCCUCUCCAGUCCUCCAGGCUUCCAGGGCCCAGCACCAUGAUGCCAGACCUGAUCAUAACCUGAGCCCCAGUCUCUCUCCUUCACCAGCUAACUGACCCCAGACCUGAUCAUAACCUGAGCCCUAAUCUCUCCUAUAUUUUGUCUGUCUUGUGAUCAGUGGUCACCUUCUCUAUAUUCUGUUAGGUUAAGAGCAAACUCUGAAAAUCCCAUCUGUCAGGACUGUAAGUUAGUCAUCUAGUGUCCCUGUUGUCUUUGAGUAAUAUUCUGCUUCAAAGGGGAUCAUUUUUGUAAUACAUCCUAGAUGAACACUUGCAGUUACCUUAUUAACAGUUGAUGUCUAUACUUUGACCUGAGAUAUGUACAUUUAGUUUUGUCUGAAUUGCCAAACGCCUUACAAUGACGAGUUGUAAAAUAGCAUUCAUGUACAUUUACAGAAUGACCCUGUUUCUACAUCAUAUCUUUCUCAUUCGGAAAGAGACUGUUGCACAUGUUAUAGCAUGUAUUCAUGUAUUCAGUAGGUGCCCCAUUGCAGGAUAAUCAACAGGAAGAAAUAAAUGCUGUAAAUAUAUUUGACAUUUUUAUAAUUUCAUAAUGAGAUAAAUGUUGUUUUUUUUCAUUCCACUGUUUGGAGAAAAAUACCAAACAUUUGUAUUGUUGUGAAUGGUUUUACUCGCCGUGUAUAAGCAAGCAAUUCUCCUACACUGACCAGCCUGUUUAAAUCCACGCCAUGUUUCGUUCUAUCCCAGUGUAUUGUUCACCAGCACAGAACUGUCCGAAGAGAGUUCAGUAAUACUCCUUGUUCUUCCCAGAGUUGGAAACAAAAAUAACUCUCCCAUCUAGAACAUGGAUUUCUUAGCUAGUGAAUCAGUCCUCAGCCUGAAAUCCAGAACAUGUUUUGUGAUAACUUUUAACUCCAUGUACAGUUGAAGUCGUCUGAAGUUUACAUACACCUUAGCCAAAUACAUUUAAACUCAGUUUUUCACAAUUCCUGACAUUUAAUCCUAGUAAAUAUUCCCUGUUUUAGGUCCGUUAGGAUUUAUUUUAAGAAUGUGAAAUGUCAGAAUAAUAGUAGAUAGAAUGAUUUAUUUCAGCUUUUAUUUCUUUCAUCACAUUCCCAGUGGGUCAGAAGUUUACAUACAGUCUUAGUAUUUGGUAGCAUUGCCUGUAAAUUGUUUAACUUGGGUCAAAUGUUUCGGGUAGCCUUCUACAAGCUUCCCACAAUAAAUUGGGUGAAUUCUGGCCCAUUCCUCUUGA